GGGGUAGGAGGCAUGGGGCAGGUGAGGCAGGUGAGGCAGGGGGGUGGCGAAGGACUGUGUGACUUCCUUAUGAUCUCGAUUCAAACUUAGCGCGCGGAAAUCUCUCUUUAACGAAACGAUCUCUCUUUAUAUGAAAUUUACUGAAACAACACGUGCAGGCUGCUGAGUGAUGUCGCACACAAUAAGCACACGGGUCCUGCAGGCGCUGGAGAGCCUGACUGGUACCGACCUGGAGAGGUUUUGUUUCCAUCUGAGAUCCCGCAAGGACGAGCCGAAGAUCGGCCGCAGACAGGUGGACGAGACAAAUUCGGUGAAGAUCGUAGAACUCCUGGUUUCUAAGUUCACGGAGCUGGGAGCUCUUAAAGUGGUUCUGGAGACACUGAGGCUGAUCGGCUGUAACCAGGAGGCUGAGACACUGGAGUCAAAGACCAAAGCUUGUUUGGACAAAGGUGAUCCCAUUUUUCGUAAGACCUCUGACGGAAAGUUGGACACAAAGCCCUCGCAGGAGGCUGAGUUCUAUGCAGCAGGGCAGUCUGCUUUAAAAGCUGCUCAACAAGGACGUGCUCCUGUGAGGAUGAAGAAGCCAGAGGAGGUGGAGGCUGACGCCAAGGCUCAGGUUCUCUCUGAGGGCGGAGACCCAGGCAACGAUCGGCUCCUUCUGAGCAGAUAUGUGAUUCAGUUUGGCAAAUACAAAGGUCAAAACUUCAAAUGGCUGAUGGAGAAUGAUGUGAGAUACGUUGCCAUAUUGGUGGAUGCCCACCAGAAGGAGCAAGAGAACUCCGUUACCAAUACAACGACAGCCCAGAAGGUUUCCUUGACUAAAUACGCGAUUCCUUACCCUGAGGUUUUGGCAGAAGUCAGAUUUCAUCGUGGGGUUGAAAGAGCCAAAAAGAGAUCCCUUCGGCCAGGACAAGAGGGAGAGGCCCUCCUUGGUUUUGGUGAUCACAGAACGGAGACGCUGAAGGAUCUGUAUGAGUCGAAGGAGGAGGACAAAAUCAGCUGUGUCAACUACCUCAGAGGAAUGAAAUCAACCUGUGAUCCUGGGAGCAAGAUGGAGGAAGCCAUCAAAUACAUUUUACGGCGGGACCUGGAGCGGGCUUCAGCAGGCCGUUCACCAGAUCGUCCACCAGGGCAACCAGGAAGAGAUGGAGUAACAGGAACCAGUAUGCAAGUUCCUCAAGACCGAAAGUGAAAAGGACCUGAUGGAGGGCACAAUAAUCCUGUCUUAACCGUUACUGACAAAAUCCUCUUUGGAGGCUCCUGUGGCAUACACUAAACUUCUCUUGGGAUCAAUCAAGUAUCCUUUUGUAUCUCUAUUUAUCUAUCUAUCAAUCUAGCAAUGAAUGUAUAAAUGUGUUUAUCUAUCUACCUCGUUAGAUACAAUUACGAUCAUUCAGAGCCAUUUAUUGAGGAAGCAUUUUCUAAAGGGCUUACCAUUUGCUGAGUAAAGAUAAUGUAAAAAUGCAUUAUAUGGAUAAAUUAUUCAGUGCCUAAUUGUAGCUUGGACAUAGAUGUAAACAUCUAAUUGUGGUGAAGGCCUUCUUACUUGUUUUCUUGUUUUUAAAAUGUAGAGUUCUUUUAUCUGAACGAUUUUACUCUGCAAAUGUAGCCUGUUGAUGUGAAAUUGCCGGUGACUGAUUCAAUUCAUUCAUUAAAGCCACAGAGGAAAAGUGCCUCAUAAAAAUUUAUUGUGGAUGAAAAAACU